AUGUUUGUACUACCGCCUCCGCCUCGGUAUCCGACCCAGGCCGCAUACAAUGCCGCUGUUGCUGCCGGCCAUGCCACCCCGAUGAUCGAGACGAAUAAUAUACUAUCGAGCCCCGAAGACCAGUUCCUGGUAGGAGAGGGUACGUACAUGCUCAAGGAAGACCUACUCCUCGCGACACCGCCGCCGCACCCGUCAGAAGCCCCCAUCGUCAACCCAAACCCCUUGGCUACGACGCCUCAGCCUGCCACGGCCGGCACCAAGAUCUCGCUGUUCAGUCUAGAACCCUGCGCACCACCGCCGGCUAUCCACAAACUCUUGUCGACCAUGACGCUGUCGAACAGCAUAGCCGAGCACCCGAACGAAGGCCGAUACUCUAACGAUGCCAAGUUGAGCAGCGAUGGUGAGGGUCGAGCCGCGUCCGUAAGUGACGGAGGGCCCCCGAUUUCGGUCACCGCCGUCUCCGCUCCGGCUUUUGGGGAUGGGAAUGCGCUCCUUGCUCCGGAGAAGACUAAGGACCCCAACAAGCGACGAAAGCCCAAGAAUAACAUGACUAAGAGCAAUUCGUCCUUCAUAUCACGCGUCAUCAUCAACGAGACCUUCUCCAAGAAAAUGGCGGACCGGCCGAGUGACGGCCUCUUCGCUUUUGCAAACAUUAACCGUGCUUUCCAGUGGCUGGACUUGUCGUCUUCCUCGAAAGCUGAUUAUCUGACCAAGAUUUUGUUUACCAAGGCCCAUUGCUUGAGUCACGACGUCAACUUGGUCACCAAGGGUUCCAGCCAUAUCGAUGUCAUCAUGGGCUUCUCCACCGGCGAGAUCAUCUGGUGGGAACCUAUGUCUCAGCGAUAUACGAGACUCAAUAAGAAUGGUGUUGUCAACAAGACGCCGGUUACUCAAAUACGCUGGAUUCCUGGAGCAGAGAACCUAUUUUUGGCAGCGCACAUGGACGGCUCGCUUGUGGUAUACGAUAAGGAGAAGGAAGACGCCAUCUUCAAUCCAGAAGAGGAAGAGGGGAACUCCACCGUGGAUGCUGCACCUCCCAAGGCGUUCGAAUAUCGCAAGCGGAUCACCGUCGUGAAAUCCGUCCACUCAAAGAAUCAGAAGACGAACCCUGUGGCUGUAUGGAAACUAUCGAAUCAGAGGAUCAACGCCUUUGAGUUUUCUCCUGACAGCCGCCAUCUUGCCGUUGUCUCCGAGGACGGCACAAUGCGCAUAAUUGAUUAUCUCAAGGAAGAACUUCUCGGUGUGUAUAACGCGUACUAUGGCGGAUUUACCUGUGUCUGCUGGUCUCCGGAUGGCAAAUACGUAUUGACAGGAGGACACGAUGAUUUGAUAUCUAUAUGGUGUCCAGAAGACACUACAAUCAUAGCACGGUGUCAAGGUCAUCAAUCAUGGGUCGCAUCGGUUGCAUUCGAUCCGUGGAGGUGCGACGAGAAGAACUACCGCUUCGGCAGUGUGGGAGAGGAUUGCAGAUUGUGUCUCUGGGAUUUCAGCGUGGGCAUGUUGCACAAGCCAAAGACGGCGUCUAACCGGCAACGCGGCUCUGUUUCUACUCAACUGCCCGGUCUACAUCCCACCGACGCUCAAGGCGCCUCGCCAAGUAGGAUACGGUCAGACUCCGGAGAAUUGGCCGUGGACGGCGAAGAGAAGACGAUUAAUCAUCCGGUGGAGCCGAGAGCCAAGGUGGCGAUACUACCGCCCGUACUGACCAAGGUCGCCGAUCAAGAACCGCUGAGCUGGCUUGAGUUCACCGAGGAUGCCAUCAUAACGAGCGGUACGAAAGGCCGCAUCAGAACUUGGAGCCGGCCAACUGACUCUCCGGCUCACACAUAG